AUGAGGUCUCACGAACGGAAGGCAGCCGAAGCAGCACUUGAACUCAACAAUGAACAGGCAGCGGCAGCCGAUAAAGCAAACAGCAGGAAGAAGCCCCGAAGAAACCGGUCUGGGACGGUUUCAGAUGCCGACUGGACGACGAAAACGUACAUCUUGCUCGAGUCCGGCCAUCUGCUCGAGUACGCCCAGGAAGGACCUUUCGACCGCAUGCCUGAGAAAGUGCUGCGUCUCAACCGCAGUUCGGCAGCCUUUGCUAGCGACUUGAUCCCUGGGCGUCACUGGGUACUACAAGUUUCUUCAAUCAUGGGUGCCGAGGGCGCAACGAUGACCGACGCGAACAGAGGCCUUUUCUCGAGGCUCCCCUUUCGUGGUGGGCAUGACAAGCGACAUGCUGCGAAUAUGCUCCUUGUUUUUGAAAGCGCGGACGACAUGGACUCCUGGCUGGUCAACCUGCGGUCGGUGAUCGAGCUACAGGGAGGCAAGAAGACGCUUACAGAGACUGGUGCGCCAAAAUUGGAGCCAGCCACUCCCCUGCGGGAGCAAACUAGCCAGCGCACACUUCUCGUUCGGGAGCACGACCGCCAUUCCAGGAGUAUACCGGAAAUCCAGGCUUGUGAACAGGACAGUGCGCGGCGCGAGAGCAGCGACAUAUCGGCUGUUCCCUCGUUGACCCUGCGGGACCGAUCUCUAGAUGGCAUGUCGGCGACGAACAGUGUCGUUUCCCAUGACGGACACCAACUAGACAGCCUGCGUAGCAGCGCCAACAGACUAUCGUGUAUCUCGUCGGGGCAAAGGACGAUGGUCACCUCCGCUGGCUCCUCCCCAGCAUGCUCGCCCACGACUGACAAUUUCCCAUCGCCAGUGGAGGAGCCCACGAGGCGUCACCCUGAGGCCAGCAAUAGCGACUCGAGGUUGCGACCGAACGCGACAGCCAUCGUGGAUCGACGGAAGUCCUUGCAGACCAUGUCCCCGUUUGUUGUGGAACCCCAGUCUCAUACACCGGCGCAAUCACAAAGACCUCAACCUUCGCUCAUCGGCGCAACGGCGUCAGGCUUUGCAGGGCAUGUGGUGGCCCCCAACUUCAGUGUCCCGCAUUCCUCCAACCGCCGCUUUUCUACAGCACGACUACCGACUGCGGACGCGUCGUCACAUGUGCAGCCUACGCCAGUUAUAUUCGAGCAAGCCGAGUCUCCGGCCCCAUCGCGCACGGCAUUGCGGAAAUCACCGGCGGCUAUUCGUACAUCCCGCCCCCUUUCCAUGGUGCUAGACCAGUCGACGCCCCGAGAAGAUGAACCGGGGCGCCCAGCGACUCGUCAUGGCGAUAGCUUGAAGGCUAGCCAGGCUAAGGAGGAGACCCUGCCAAUGCCGACGCACAGAUCUGAGGCGGGAGUGAGAGACGUCCAUUCCCCCACGCUGGGGGCACUUGACCCAGUCCGGCCAGCGAGCCCAACCCUGCCUCAGCAGACCACGUUGAGGACGAGCCCUAGCCGGCUGUCGAGCAUGGGAGCUUUGCGCGGCCAUGGCGAUGCGACUUGGCUCGGGCGACUGCGGCCCCUGGCUUCAUCGCAAACGCGAACGUCGGAUCCAGACAGGUGCCAUUCGACAAUCGUGACGUACGACCGUGCCAAGACAUUCGCACAGAUGCCAGGACGACUGGCGAAGAGAGCCAGUAUGAUGUCGACACCCAGUAGCUUCUCUCACUCACCUCCCACUGCGCCGCCACCUAGCACGCCACUGCCCCGGAUUCCUCAAACAGGCAGUCGACCGAAGACAGAUGACAAUGCACAUGCUCUGUUCAACAGACGGAGCAUGCCGCAGCUCAGCGAGGGCCCGCCGCCGAUGCCUCCACCAACAUGCGCUUUACCACCUAUUCCACAGAAGGUUCUGCAGGACCACGCUGUUCAAAACAGCCAUACGGCUCUCAUGUCUACCAUUGUGGACAACGAAAACGAUCACAACUUCUUCUAG